GUAACACGGUCCGGCUGGAUUCUGGGAUAGAUUACCGGAAAAGGGAACUUCCUGCUGCAGGAAAACUCUACUACCUCACAAGUGAAGCUGAUGUGGAGGCUGUCAUGGAUAAGUUGUUUGAUGAGCUGGCUCAGAAACAAAAUGAUUUAACUAGACCAAGGAUUCUAAAAGUGCAAGGCAGAGAGCUGCGGCUGAAUAAAGCCUGUGGAACCGUUGCCGACUGCACAUUUGAAGAGCUGUGUGAGAGACCACUUGGAGCCAGUGACUAUUUGGAGAUAUCAAAGAAUUUUGACACGGUAUUUUUAAGAAACAUUCCACAAUUUACGCUGGCAAAGAGGUCUCAAACUCGGAGAUUCAUAACCCUCAUUGAUAACUUUUAUGAUUUCAAGGUGCGUGUAAUUUGCUCGGCGCUGACUCCUCUAUCAAGCUUAUUUUUGUAUCAACAUCAUGACAGUGAGCUGGAGCAAAGCAGAAUACUGAUGGAUGAUUUGGGGCUGAGCCAGAAUGAAGACAGCCCCAUUCUUCCAGUGUCAGAGGACUCAGCAGGACUCUCCAUGUUUACCGGAGAAGAAGAAAUCUUCGCCUUUCAGCGCACAAUCUCCCGACUCACAGAAAUGCAGACGGAACAGUACUGGAAUGAAGGGGACAGAACCAAGAAGUUCCUCAACAACAGAAAGAGUAUGUUUUCUACUCCUAUCUGGAAUCAAGCUUGGUAGGCAGAGUUCUCUCAAAGUUGUCUGAAAAAAU